AUGUCGGGCAGAUAUGCCCCUCUUCCUAAUAACAAUGUCGACGAGGAGGGCCGGAAUGAGAUGGACGCAGCUUUUGAUGAUUCGGAUGACGAAGACGAGAACCGCCCACUGAAUCCAACUCCAAGCUCUCCUGUUGCAGCAACUCAUGUCUCCCGAGCUUCUACUCACAUUCCCGGUACCUACAACUUCGAGGUUGACUAUGACAUGCCGCCGCCAGGCAGUCCCCCUGGCCCAUCGUCGACUGCUCUCCCAAAUGAGCAUGGCAAUUCGAAUGGGUUCAUUCCCAAUUUUGCUAGCGCUGUCGACUCCGUUUCUCGUGGCCCUCGACUCGGCUGGUUCAAGCGUGCUGCCACCGCCGUCUUACCAACACACUACGUCCAGCGCCUUGGCAUGAGCGGUGCUGACCGCAACGUAAUGGGGACCAACAACGAUGGCGUCUUUGCGAAUGUCACUGCAAAACCAACUCCACCAGUUCGCAUCCAAGAUGGAGAUAGUACCUAUAUCGUACCUGAGGAAGUUCGUGCUGAGGCGCCGCCUUCCUAUGCGUCUGCUCAAGCGGACGCUGUCCCACAGUAUUACGAAGUUCAUGCACCUUUUACUCCUGGUACAGCGGGAGAGAUGAUCAUAGAUAAUCUUCCCAGUGGUACCUUGUUUAGCUUCCUCUGGAACAUGCUCGUUUCCAUUAGUUUCCAAUUCGUUGGCUUCCUCCUCACCUACCUUCUCCAUACCACACACGCUGCUCGUUUGGGUGCCCGUGCUGGACUGGGCGUCACUCUGAUCCAAUAUGGUUUUGCUCUUCGCACACGAAAUGACGGAACGGAGGAAGAAGCUGCUAAUGCCUGGGCGUCUUGGUCGAACCAGCCAACAUUUGCUACUGAAGCUGAGGCUGCUGCCUAUUAUAACGGAACUAGUACCGAUCCAACGGCUCUCCCAACUCUCACACCUGAACAAGCUAACGCGAUUGUUGCGGAUGCUACGAGCGAGUGGCUCUCGUUCUUCUUGAUGACCAUUGGCUGGUUCAUUUUACUGACCUCGGUGCUUGGUUUCUGGCGUGUCAAACGAUGGGAGCGUGGUGUUCUUGCUUCUCAGCGAGAGACCCCUGGAUCAGCGCCAGCACCUCUUUCUGCUGGGCCCUUCCUCGCGCAAUUCGAGAGAGGAUUUGGAUUACGUGGUAUCUCGCAAGCAGACUUCUUCCGCCAAGGAUUUGGGUUUGGUCCUCGGUCUGAGGAGCGCGAGCGCGAAAGAGCACGUGAUCAUGCCGAUGGAGAGGCGGAGGAAACGGAGUUCAUGAUUCCUGCAGACGCCGAUCCAGAACGAGCCCAGCAACUUCAAGAGGCAAUCAACAACGAACGAAGAUUACACGCAGAGCUUCGAGCUGCUGGUCUUUUGUGA